UUUCAGAACACAAGCCUUAUGAACACCAAGAAGAAGCUUGAGACUGACCUGGUCCAGAUCCAGAGUGAAGUUGAUGACACUGUUCAGGAAGCAAGGAAUGCAGAGGAGAAGGCAAAGAAGGCCAUCACUGAUGCUGCAAUGAUGGCUGAGGAGCUGAAGAAGGAGCAGGAUACUAGCGCUCACCUGGAGAGGAUGAAGAAGAACCUGGAGGUCGCUGUUAAGGACCUGCAGCACCGCCUGGAUGAGGCUGAGAACCUGGCCAUGAAGGGUGGCAAGAAGCAGCUCCAGAAACUCGAGUCUAGGGUAAGACAAUUAA